GUACCUACUGAGGUGGUCGGGCGAGGGUUAGUCUCCUUUUCUCCUUCCUCCCGCCCAUAAUACAGCGCUUAAUGGAGCUUUCCUACCAGACUCUCAAAGUCACACACCAGGCGCGAGAAGCGGGUGAGAUGAGGGCAGAAGCUCGAAGAAAAAAUCUUCUCAUUUUGAUUUUGCAUUAUUUAACACAGGAAGGAUAUAUUGAUGCUGCCAACGCUUUGGAACAAGAAACCAAACAAGGCUUACGGCGUUUUGAAGUUUGUGACAAUGUUGAUCUUGAAACUAUUUUGAUGGAAUACGAGAGCUAUUAUUUUGUAAAAUUCCAGAAAUACCCUAAAAUUGUCAGAAAGGCAGUUGAAACUGAAGAAAAUAAGAUACCACGAAGUGGAAAGUCCAGAAGGGUGGUGAGUGAUGCUUCUCAGAAUCUUCCUAGGAUCCCUCAGCAUCGGCCACAGUCAAAGACGACAUCAGGGAAGACAUUGGAGCCCAAGCCCCCCAACAAGGAGAACUCUAAACAGGAGACUGACAAUACAGCUUCCUUAGAGACUCCUGACUUUGGUUUAAAUAUAUCAGGAUUUAACAAAGGCAUUGGGGGUGAAAAUGCUCACCCAAGAAGGGGUCAAGUAAUUGACUUCCAUGGGUUGAUCACAGAUGCUAUCAAAGGAACAACCAAUGAAAUAACCUUAAACAGUUUUGACUAUAAUCCAGACCCUUCAGUACGAUUGCUAAAACCUCUUAGUGCAUUUAUUGGCAUGAAUAGUGAGAUGAGAGAACUAGCGGCUGUUGUAAGCAGGGACAUUUAUCUCCAAAAUCCCAACAUAAAGUGGAAUGACAUUAUUGGACUUGAUGCAGCCAAGCAGUUAGUCAAAGAGGCUGUUGUGUAUCCUAUAAGGUAUCCACAGCUGUUCACGGGGAUUCUUUCUCCAUGGAAAGGGUUAUUACUUUAUGGCCCUCCAGGUACAGGAAAGACAUUGUUGGCUAAAGCUGUGGCUACUGAAUGCAAAACAACCUUCUUUAAUAUUUCUGCAUCCACCAUUGUCAGCAAGUGGAGGGGUGAUUCAGAAAAACUCGUCCGGGUGUUAUUUGAACUUGCUCGGUAUCAUGCCCCUUCGACAAUCUUUCUGGAUGAACUAGAGUCAGUAAUGAGUCAGAGAGGCACUUCCCUGGGGGGAGAGCAUGAAGGAAGUCUUCGGAUGAAAACAGAAUUGCUUAUGCAGAUGGAUGGGUUGGCCCGAUCUGAAGACCUUGUCUUUGUUUUAGCAGCUUCCAAUCUGCCAUGGGAGUUAGAUUGUGCUAUGUUACGCCGCCUGGAGAAGAGGAUUCUGGUGGAUCUCCCCAGCAAGGAGGCGAGACAGGCCAUGAUCCGCCAUUGGCUGCCUGCUGUGAGCAACAGUGGUGGCAUAGAGCUCCAUGCGGAACUGGAAUAUGGCCUGCUGGGCCAGGAGACCGAGGGCUACUCUGGCUCAGACAUCAAGCUAGUUUGCAAGGAGGCAGCCAUGCGGCCUGUGAGAAAAAUCUUUAAUGCGCUUGAAAAUCUCCAAUCAGAGAACAGCAAUUUACAUGCCAUCCGGCUGGACACCGUGACUACCGCAGACUUUCUGGAUGUCAUGGCCCACACCAAACCUUCUGUCAAGAAUAUGAUUCAGAAAUAUUCAGCCUGGCAAAGUGACUACGAAUCUGUCUGAAUUAACCCUUGCCCCUUCCCCACCGUCCAUAGAAGACACCAAAGGGAUAAAGGGGCUAUUGCUACCACUUUUAUAAGUGGGACACAUUGACUGACUAUAGAAGUGAAAAGGAUUCAUUCAUUUAUUGCAAAAGGUCUUAUUUUAGAAAACUUGAGUUUAGUGUAUUUUCAUGGGAAAUCUGAGAUGCCUUUUACAUUUUAUAUGAUAAAUAACAAGAUAUUGUAAAAUCCAAUUAUAUGCGUGUAAUAUUGUUUGUCUUCUACAAUACAAUGGAGAUGUUCUCUCAAUUUCCUUGC